AAUUAAAAUUGUUGCAAAUAAAUAAUCGAAAGUCGAAACCCCAACACCAGGGUUUUAACUUCUCAGCCAACACCAGAAUCUCCGGCCACCACGUCGGCGGAAAAUGGCGGAGUGGGUUUGCCGAACGCUGCGAGACGGCGGUUUAGAAGGGGAGCAUGCACCCGCUCUCACCAUUAACGACACAAUCAGCUGUUCCUUAGCCCCCUUCGUCUUCGAUCACAUCCUCUCUCAGCUCUCCUCGUUCAUUGUCUCCCAAAAAUCUCCCUCAAAUGGUAUUGUGUUGGUUGCAUUUGCCCAGAGUCCGUUGUACUACGAGCAAUUGUUGAAGAGCAAAGGAAUUGACGUCGUCUCUUCAAAUACCUGGUUUAAGGUUUUGGAUUGUUAUACGGAUCCGUUGGGUUGGAAAAGCAAGCUCGUGGAAAGUGGGAGCGUAAAGCAAUUAUCUCCCGGAUCUUCAGUACAGGUUAAAUUAUGUAAAAACGUUAAGGACUUGGAUGCGAUAUUGUCGUCAGUUCUUGAACUUGGGAAAGAACUGUCUGGAGAUGGAAAGGGCCGGUUUGUGAUUGCCAUAGAUUCGAUCAGUGAGAUGCUAAGACAUACAUCUGUGUUGACAGUUGCUGCACAUAUAAGCAACCUUCGGAGUCAUGACCGAGUGUUUAGCUUGUUCUGGUCACUUCACUCUGAUCUGCAUGAGAAACGGGCUACUGCAGCUCUCGAGUAUAUAUCCUCUAUGAAGGCUACUAUAGAACCAAUUGUUCUGCCCGAGGAUAGACAAAGAGGACUUUCUUUGAUGGAACGUAAUUUAAGAAGAGGAAGGUUCUGUGUGCAUGUUAAACGUAGAAACGGACGUGUUCGAAUGAUGUUUGAAGAAUUUCACGUCGAAAAAUCAGGCAUCAAAUUCGCACCCGUUUCUUCAGAAAAUGAAAUAAUUGCUCAAAGCCUAGUGCCUAAGGUCCAGUUCAAUCUGCAGUUGUCUGAAAAGGAACGAGAUGACAGGGCAAAAGUUGUUCUUCCUUUUGAGCAUCAAGGAAACGGUAAAAAUAUUGAAAUAUAUGAUGGCCGCAAAUCUCUGGAUGACACCAACACUUCUGUUGAGAAACUAGACUCGAGCAAGGGCGAAAUCGUCUAUUUUCGUGAUUCAGAUGAUGAGAUGCCAGAUUCAGAUGAGGACCCUGAUGAUGAUUUGGACAUAUGAUUCUCGAUCUAUUCUCUCGCAAUUGCUAUUGCCAGAAGCUACAUUAGAAACAGCCAUUUUUUAUUUAAGACAAAUUUAGCUCUAAAACACAGGAAAUUUGAUCCAUGGAGGUUUAUGGAGUUAGUCAGAUAGUCAGAGUAGGGAUACUUCCAUUACAGCAUAUUGCCCAAUUGUAAGUUUAGGUAAAAACCUUAAAUUAAUCUAUGUUGUAUUAUGUUGAACAAAGUUUUAUCAGCCAUUUUCUGCUUCA